AUGUCGUCGUACCGGCCGCAUCCUCUCCGUCAGGCAUACACGAUUGACCACACAGCUAUCAACCGCCAACCAUCCACAACCUCCUCUUCGGCAUCUUCUGGCUAUUCCUACACCUCCGAUCCCUACGACCUCAGCCAGGCGAGUGCAGCCUCGUCAAUGACAUCAGAUGGACACGGCGCAUCGAGGUUCGGGCACAAACGUGGCAUGAGCGAAGCGACUAUCCGACACACGUCGCCGCAAAAACCAAGUAUAUACGAUGAGCCAACGAAGAGCCCAGAAAGCAUGUACAACCAAGCCAGACAGUCGUUACGGUCUCUCCCGCAGGCUCCGGCAUCUGGUUCACCUCCGCCACGCACACCUCCCCGUCGUGACCGCGAGCGCGGCCAGAGCGUCGACAUAGGCAAGCUCUCUCUAAGAACGUCGCCCACGCCGAAACCCGCGCCUCGUCCGAUGCUCAACUCCCGGCCGACUUCCAUGCUCCUCACUCGUUCUGAUUCGAUACGUUCAAGUGUGGGUGGAGGCGCCGCCUAUUCGCCCAGUGCUGCGGUACACUCUCACUCUCCCCUUGCGGCUCCUGAUCUGCAGCAGUUGGGCCGUUCCUCUACAAAUCAACUGCGAACGCUAUCGAAACUGGCCCAGGAUGGUUCCACUGGUGAAUUUGCCAUUACCUCGCCGGCGCAGCAGGUAGUAGGCCUUCGUGGGCGACGGAGGUUGCAGCGAACGGGAGACGCGCCUGGCAGUAGGAAUGGACUACGCAGCGAUCGUUAUGGAUUCGAAGGCCGCAAUUGGAUGGACAAGCAACGACAAUUUCUGCAAGCUUACGAGUACCUUUGCCACAUUGGUGAAGCCAAGGAGUGGAUUGAAGACAUUAUCCACCGCCAGAUUCCGCCCAUCGUCGAGCUGGAGCAAGCACUGCGAGAUGGCGUCACGUUGGCCGAGGUCGUGGAAGCUCUGAACCCGGAUCGACGAUACCGCAUAUUCCGGCACGAACGGCUCCAAGCGAGGCAUUGGGACAACGUGGCCACCUUCUUCCGAUACCUAGACGAGGUCGAAUUGCCCGAUCUAUUCCGGUUCGAAUUGAUAGAUCUGUACGAGAAGAAGAAUAUCCCCAAAGUCAUCUACUGUAUACAUGCUCUGAGUUGGCUUCUGUUCAGGAAGGGCAUUGUCGACUUCAGGAUAGGCAACCUCGUGGGCCAGCUGGAGUUCGAGCAACAUGAGCUGGAAGCUAUGCAGAAGGGCCUCGAUAAGCUCGGCGUGAGCAUGCCUACUUUUGGCAAUAUGAGCGCCGACUUUGGUGUGGAAGCGCCUACACCCGAGCCGGAAGAGACCGAAGAAGAGCGAAUCGACCGAGAGCUAGCCGAGAACGAGACGACCGUCAUCGACCUACAAGCGCAGAUGCGAGGUGCCAUGGUUCGAAUGCGGCUGGCUGAUGUGAUGCAGCGGCUAUGGGACUCGGAAGAGCAGGUUAUAGACCUUCAGGCGCGCAUACGAGGCGACUGGACUCGACAGAUUAUGGGCUACAGACUGCAGAUGCGCAAGUUUGCCGUCAACCUGCAGAGUUCGGCGCGUGGAUUCCUGGUUCGGAGCAGAAUGAUGCACAGGAAGCAUUUCUGGAAGAGCAAGGAAAAGAAUAUUCUCAAGCUUCAGAGCGUGGUGCGGGCGAUGAAAGUCCGUGAUGAGGUACGAGACACUCGAUCUCAGUUGGAUCGAGUGGACGGCCCCAUACGGAGUGUUCAAGCCUUGUUCCGCGGCUACCUUGCUCGCGAGAAGGUCGCCGCCCAGCAGCAGGAGACGACUAGCAUGACCGGUCCCGUACUGGAACUCCAAGCUGCGAUCAGAGGAAUGCUAGCCAGAGAGAGAGUGGACCGAGACCUUUCUGCCCUUGGAGAGGAAGCCGAGGCUAUAACCGGCUUUCAGGCUGUGAUCCGAGGAAUGACGGCCAGAGAGAGAGUGGGCCGAGACCUUUCUGCCCUUGGAGAGGAAGCCGAAGGAGUCAUAACCGGCUUGCAGGCUACUGCCAGGGCCAUGCUGACCCGCCACCGGAUACAAUGUCAACGCGAAUCACUUGAAGAGGAAGCCGGUGCCAUAACCGACUUGCAGGCUGCUGCCAGGGCCAUGAUAACCCGACACCAGAUACAAUGUCAACGCGAAGCCCUCGAAAGCUUCACACCCCAGUUUGAGCUACUGCAGGCCGCCAGUCGUGGUAACCUACUGCGACAGGAAGUCAAAGCAACCAAGGCUGAACUUGAGCAACAUGGUCCCGAGAUUGGCACACUGCAGUCCCAUAUUCGUGCAGCGGCAGUCCACCGCGAUGUGGCCCAGACGUUGGAUGCGCUACAUAGCCAUGAGGCCCAGGUACUUGAGCUUCAGUCCCUAGCUCGAGGCAUGCUGCAGCGGGAACUCAUAGCGGCCGACCUUGAUGCCCUCGAGACGCAUACGCCCGAGAUAACGAGCCUCCAAGCUAGGAUACGCGGAUCUCUGUUUAGGGAGCAGCACUUUGCCUUCCUCGACGAUCUGAAGUCUAACGAGCAAGAAGUCAUCUCGCUUCAAGCACUUGCGCGCGCUAUGAUCCUACGCAGCAACGUUGGCGAACUGCUAGGCGAGAUUGAUGAGCACGAAGAGGCAAUCAUCGAACUGCAAGCUCUGGCUCGAGGAUUCCUCGUGCGACAAACGUUCGCUGCGAAGAAGAAGCACUUCAACGAGAACAUGGCAAAAGUCGUCAAGAUCCAGAGUUUUGUGCGCGGCAAGCUUCAGGGGGAGGCAUACAAGAAUCUCACAGCUGGGAAGAACCCCCCUGUAAACGCUGUGAAGAAUUUUGUGCACUUGCUGAACGACAGCGACUUCGACUUCAACGAAGAAAUCGAAUUCGAGCGCAUGCGGAAGACGGUCGUCCAGCAAGUCCGGCAGAAUGAGAUGCUCGAGCAGUACAUUGAUCAGCUCGACAUCAAGAUCGCGUUGCUGGUGAAGAACAAGAUUACCCUCGACGAAGUUGUUCGACAUCAGAACAACUUUGGCGGCCACACCAGCAAUCUGCUCGCCAAUGCUUCCAUUUCCUCCACCAACCAAUUCGAUCUCAAGGCCCUCAACAAGAGCUCCAGAAAGAAGCUCGAGUCGUACCAGCAGCUAUUUUUCAACCUUCAGACACAGCCACAGUACCUCGCUCGGCUGUUCAAGCGUAUCCGUGAAUCGGGUACGGCCGAGAAGGAGUGCAAACGCAUAGAACACCUGAUGAUGGGGCUUUUCGGAUACGCGCAGAAAAGGAGAGAAGAGUACUAUCUGCUGAAAAUCAUAUCAAGAUCGAUACGGGAGGAAGUAGAGUCCUGCCACUCCAUCCAAGACUACCUUCGGGGCAACUUCUUCUGGUCCAAGAUACUAAGCAACUACACCCGGUCUCCACGCGACCGGAAGUACCUGAGGGAACUUCUCGGCUCGUUGGUACGAGACAACAUCGUCGAAGAUCCCGCUCUGGACUUGGAGAGCGACCCAAUGCAGAUCUACCGGUCAGCCAUCAACAAUGAGGAGCUUCGUACGGGACAGCCGAGUCGACGGCAAUUGGACAUCCCUCGCGAACUCGCCAUCAAAGACCCGGAGACCCGUGAGCUGUUCAUCGACCAUCUGCGAGACCUAAGAGAAAUCUGCGAUCAGUACUUCCUUGCCUUGGAGGACUUGCUACCUCGAAUGCCUUACGGCCUGCGGUUCAUCUGCCAACAGACGUUUGAAGCUCUUUGUGACCGUUUCAAGCGAGAACCUCAGCGCCACGUACUCCAAAUUGUAAGCAACUGGAUGUGGCGGUUCUAUCUGCAACCUGCGGUUGUCAACCCCGAGCAGGUUGGCGUGAUCGAGAAAAAUCUCGCCCCUCUUCAGAAGCGGAAUUUGAGCGAGGUCGCCAAAGUCCUUGGCCAGAUCGCAUCAGGUCGUCCCUUCGGUGGUGAUAACAUUUACCUCCAGCCUCUCAAUGCAUUUGUGGCCGAGUCGAGUGAGCGACUAGCCCAGAUCACCAACGAUCUGAUAUCGGUUGGCGAUGCCGAGAGCACAUUCCACAUUGACGAGUUCAACGACCUAUACGCCAAAAACCGGCCGACACUUUACAUCAAGAUGACCGAUAUCUUCGCCAUCCACACCCUGGUUGCCCAAGAACUUCCCAGCAUCUGCCCUGGCCGAGACGAUGUGCUCCGCGAGAUCCUACAAGAUCUGGGCAGUGCGAAGAACAACGAGAAUGAGAUGCACGCUGCCGGCUCAUCGGAUAUUCAAAUGUUCCUUACUCCCAAGCUGCACGACGUCGAUGAUCCAGAGGCUGAUAUCAAGCACCUCUUCAUGGAAACCAAGAGAUGUAUCUUGUACAUCAUCCGUGUCCAGACAGGUGCCAACCUGCUCGAGAUUCUCGUUCGCCCACCUACACAGGAAGACGAGCACAAAUGGCGGACACUCCUGCGAGAAGACUUUGCCUCUGGCAGCAAGACAAAGGGCGCCUACUCGGAUGUCAACAUGGUGGAUGUGACUCGUAUGUCGUACUAUGACAUGAAACGCAAUGCCCUGGAGAACAUCAUGCGCUUGGAGCAGAUGGGACGCGUUUCCAAACACAAUUUCUACCAAGACGUUCUCAAUGCCAUCGCACUGGAUAUCCGCACCAAGAGCCGCCGCCGUAUACAGCGACAACGUGAGUUGGAGGGAGUCCGACUGACCCUGGGGAAUCUUCACGAGAAGGCCAAGUACCUUGAGCAGCAGCGUAAGAGUUACGACGAUUACAUCGAACAAGCCAUGUCAACGCUGCAGAAGAACAAAGGGAAAAAACGAUUCCUCCUCCCCUUUACGAAACAAUACAAUCAUCAAAGAGAGCUCGAACGUUCUGGUCGGGUACCAAAAUUCGGCUCCUUCAAAUAUAGCGUCCGGGCGCUCUCGGAGAAGGGCAUUGUUGUGGCGUGGGAGGGUGUACCGGAACGCGACUGGAGUAGUAUUAAUCUUACAAUUUCGUGCGAUGAGGUCGGCAUCUUCAACCUCGAGGGCAGCCGUGGCCACAUCCAGAUUCCGGGUGCAAGCGCCCUCAUGCCGAUCGAAGACCUUCUCCAAGCCCAAUUCGAGAGCCACCAGUUCAUGAACAUGUUCGAGGGCAACCUGAGGCUGAACGUCAACCUCCUGCUACACUUGCUAUACAAGAAGUUCUAUCGGACGCAGUAA